CUGCGGCGGGACCACCAGCUCACCCCGGUCACCGGCCUCUGCUUCCUGACUACCCCUUCGAGUGAAGGAGACGGCAAGAAAGGCGAGAAGACGUACCUCCUGGCCGGGGAGGACACGCACCUCAAGGUCUACGACGGGGACAGCAGGCUGCGCUGCCAGCUGAGGAUCUUCCGCGCCCAGCCCAUCCACGGCAUCAGCGUCGGGGGUGGGAGCGUGCUGCUCUGGGGGAACCAGGCCGUGACGGUCCUCCCCGUAAGCGCCAUCGAGAGCCGCUUGUCAGCCGGACACGACGGUGACCAACCGCCGACACCAAGGAUCGUCGAGGCCAAGGCCCCGGACUGGAUCUACGACGGCGCCAUCUCCCCCUCCGACUCCUCCCGCGGCGUGCUCAUCACCGCGCACAACGAGGCCCUCGAGUUCUCCGUUUCCGACGACACGAUCCGCUUCGGCAGGAUCGCGUCCCCGUCCCGGCCCAUCCUGUACUCCGCGACCUCGACCUGGCUCUCCGAGUCCGCGGUGCUCGUCGCGGGCGGCACCGUCUUCGGCGAGAUCCUGCUGUGGAAGUGCCACUUCGGAGAGGCGAAGCCGCGGUGCGAGGUCCUCUUCGUCUUCACCGGCCACGAGGGGUCCAUCUUCGGCGUCGACAUCUCGCCCGAGAUCGACCUCGGCGGGAGCGCGAGGGGAAGGUUGCUGGCGAGCUGCAGCGACGACAGGACGAUUCGCGUCUGGGACGUCUCCGAACGCGCGGGCGCCGCGCGGUUACUGCACGACUCCCUCGCGGAGGCGCGGGAGACCGGGUUCGGCGGCAGCGGAAGCGCCGCCGCGGCGGAUGUCACGGCGGAAGUAGAGACGACUGUUGCGACGAGCAAGCCCCUGGCCAUGACGAUGGGCCACAUCUCGCGCAUCUGGCACGUCAGGUUCCCGCGCACCAUGGACGGGCUGCUCGUGCGCCGCGGCGGUGCCGGUGGCGAGGCAGCGACCAGCUUGUACUCCUUCGGCGAGGACUCGACGCUGCAGAGGUGGAAGCUCGACCUCGACGUCGAGGGGUGGCGGCGGGGUCUGGGCGCGGAGCAGCACGGUGACGUAGACGUCCGCGGCGGCCUGACGCAUCUCGAGACGCACGCGCGUCACGACGGGAAACACAUCUGGGCCACGGCGCUGCGGGAGACGGAGGGGGGCGAGGUCGUGGUCGCGACGGGCGGGCAGGAUAGUAAAGUCAACCUGCUGACGGACCGCUCGGCUUCGGCGGCGGUCGCGAGCGUGAAGGCCUUGCCGAGUGAGUUGAGGACGUUGGUGAUGCGGGACGUGGUUGGCAAGUUAGGCGGCGCGGCUGCCGGGGCGAGGGAAGCCUUUCACCGAUUCGCAUUCGUCGGGGCGGAUGAGCUGCUUGCGACGAGUACCGCCGGUCGGCUUCUGCUCGGGUCGUUUAAGGGGGAGGAGUUGACGUGGAAAGAGAUCGGGACCGAGGCCGAGACGACAGCUUCUUUGAGGGCUUGCACGAGCCUGAAGAGUCCGGUUGACGGGGUCGCCCUGCUGGGCACCGCGAACAAGAAGAUCUUCAUCUACAGGGGGGGCGAGAUCCGCGAGGUCGGGACGGUUCCUGGGAAGGUCGCCGACAUCUUCUGCCUGGACUCGCCUGACGAGAAGAAGCUCGAGUUCCUCGUCACGAUACUCGGCGGCGAGGAAGCCAUGCAGAUGCUCACGCUGGACUUGGAGUCCUGCACGAUCACGUCUAUGGUCCCCCUCGACCUCGACAACCGCUUCGUCUUCACGGCCGCCUGCCUCGUCUCCGACCUCCUCAUCCUCGGCUCGAGACACGGAUACAUGAGCGUCUUCCGCCGCUCAGAGAAUGACAACCAGCUCACGCCGUUCCCCGCCCCGGAACGCCGCACCUCGGACAGCAUCACAUCCAUCAAACCCCUACCGACAUCGUCAGGAACAAAGACGCACAUCAUCACGACGAGCAGGGACGGCAACUACCGCAUCUACGAACUAACACCCUCCUCCCUCGCCCUCCGCCACGAAACCGCGCCCGCGGCCGUGCCGAACCUCGAGGACGCGUGGGUCUCGGACGCGGGGGAUCUGGUCCUCUGCGGCUUCCGCAGCAAGAACUUCGUCGUGUGGAACGAGACGCGGCACGAGGAGCUCGUCCGUAUGGACUGCGGCGGCGCGCACCGCGCCUUCGCGUAUACCCGCUUCCGGCACCCGCAACGCGUGCGGUUCGUCUUCAACAAGGCCGCCACGCUGGGCGUGUACGAGCAGCCGGCGCCCGAGACGGCCGUCGUGCACCACGGCACCCUGAAGCGCGGGACCCACGGGCGCGAGGUAAGGGCCGUGGCGUACUCUGGGCGCUACAUCGCGACUGGCGCCGAGGACACGGCGAUCCGGAUCUGGGAGUACAUCUCCGCAGCAGCGAACCCCCUGGAGAGAGAGCUGCGCUGCGUGAAGGUUGUUAAGGUCCACACGGCGGGCCUGCAGUCGCUCAAGUGGCUCGGACAGGAGCUGCUCUUCAGCUGUAGCGGGAACGAGGAGUUCAUGGUCUGGCGUGUGACGGAGCUCGGCGGCGCGGCUGGGUUAGGUCUGAUGCGUGAGGCGGUGUUCGAGGACAGGAGCGCCGACGGGGACCUGCGGAUCACGAGUUUCGACGCGGCGUGGGUUGAGGACGGCAGGGCUGUGGGAAUCACGAUGGCGUUUUCGAAUUCGGUGGUUAAGACGUACCGGUAUACGCCCGAGAAAGGGUUCGAGUUGUUGGCUAGGGGCAGGUAUACGGGCGCGUGUCUAACGCAGGUGCGGCAUCUCACUGUCGGUGGCCAGGACGCGGCGUGGGAGGUCGUCACCGCUGCGACGGACGGGUGUCUCGGCGUGUGGAAGAGCGAGGGCGGGGAGUUCGUUUUGCAGUCCACGGCGCGGGUUCACCAGAGCAGCGUGAAGGCGCUCGACAUCCACCGCACUGCUUCACAGGUCGUGGUACUCACAGGCGGCGACGACGACGCGCUCGGGAUCACGACGCUUGAUCCGCAGGCUGGAUUCACGGCGAUGGGUAGGGCCGGUGUGAGGAAAGCCCACGCGGCGGCCAUCAACGGGCUCGCGGUCCUCCGGGGGACGGAGGCCGGGGAAGUAGUGUACGCGACGGCGAGUAAUGACCAGCGGGUCAAGAUGUGGAAGGUCGGGUGGCGGGAGGGGGUUGAGGAGGUGACGAUGCUGGCGGAUGAGUACAGCGGCGUUGCUGAUGCCGGGGACUUGGAGGUUAUCGAGGGCGGGAGGGUUGUUGUUGGGGGUGUUGGGUUGGAGGUUUGGGAUUGGGCUUCGAGGAUUUGA